AUGAAGUCCAUCAAUGCCAUUUCCUGUGCUCUCCUGACAGCCGCUCACCUCGUCAGCGCUGCUCCUGCACCAGCCAUCGCACCAGAAGCUUCAACCAGCGCCACUGGACAGACCGUCCAAGUCUCCUAUGACCAAAAAUAUGAUGUUGGCACAAGCUCUCUCAACACAGUCGCCUGCUCAGAUGGAGUCAAUGGCCUCGUAACCAAGUACCCCACAUUCGGCUCGUUGCCCACGUUCCCUCUAAUCGGUGGUGCGCCGACCAUUGAUGGCUGGGACAGCCCAGCCUGCGGUACUUGCUACCAGCUGCACUUCGAGUCCGGCAAGAUCAACGAGACCAUCACUGUUCUUGCUAUCGACGCUGCCCCCAAAGGAUUCAACAUUGGUCUGACAGCUAUGAACCGUCUGACCAAUAACCAGGCUGAAAGCCUUGGUCGUAUUACUGCCACUUAUGUUGAGGUGGAUCAGAGCGUGUGUGGAAUCGAGUAA